AUGAGCCGACGGUGGGACACAACUGUCAUUCCUCAGGUCAUGGCGCGAACAGCUCCGGCCGAAGAGCAGUUGGACAUGGCACUGCGCAAGCUGGAUGCUUGUCACCGCAUCUCUCCGCUGGCAUCCAUCCGAGUUCUCGGAGUUCGCAGUGGUCAGGCGGCAGAUGAUGUGAAGCUACCGGUCGGGCAGUCCCGGGUCUGCUCAGUGGUGUACCGGCCAGACGAAGGAGUGACUUGGACUGCCCACACUCCAGCGCUUCACUGUGCGACCGAGCCGGGGACCUGCACUACGACUCCUUGUGAAUGCCGCCGCUCGACAGACCGCAAGUUGGAACUCCGAACCCCACAGGGCCAAAGAUGCUGGGCUUGUUCGGAGAGCGGUAAGGAAUACACCUUCAAAGUGAAUGCACUGGCUGAGCAGAUGGAGGGGCAAUCGGUGUCCUGGUGGCCUCCGUACGGAAUCAACAGUCCACCGAUUCUUUGGAUCUUCAUGGAUUUGUGGAGCGUCGUCGACGCUUGCCCGGUCAUCACUGGCUACAUGUUCUUGUUCUUCUGCUGCCUUCUGGUGCGCAAGGUGGAGGAGUUUACCGGUGGGCUCAUUCCCUGGACGCGUUGUGUGCCCAUCUUUGGGCCAGCGCUGAAACGCGGCGAGGCGUGGCGCUUCUUCACCUUCACGUUUUUUCACUUGCAAUUUCUGGACUUGUUCCAGAAUUUGCUGACGCUUUUGGAUACUUUAGAUGUGGAGGCCACACCACCCAUCGUGCUGGGUGACGGCUCUAACUUGAAGUGUGGCGUUGGAGCCAAGCAGAACUUCAUGUGCUACCCCAGCAUUGGCCUGGGCUCUGCCCACACGCUGGGUGUGGCUUUGGUGAGCUCUGCGAUCGGUGGGAUGUGCAGUACUUGGAUCAAGUUUGGCGACGUCGUUGCAGGUGCCUCUACCCUGGGCUUCGGGCUCUCAGGGGCUAUCGUGGCCCUCUAUGCACUCUAUGCAGGUGCGAAGCUGGAUACCACUACCAGCGUGCAGCGUAAUUUCGAGAACUGGGUGUGGCUUCGCCUAAUCUUCGUGGGCUUCCACAUAGCCAUGGAGUUUAUUCGUGGCAUCUCUCAGAGGGAUUUGGCUGGCCUUUGGGCCCACACUACUGCCUUUGUUGCUGGCAUAGCGUACGUUCUGUACUUCUUGCCGCCCAUGGGUGAUGGCACUGUCCUGUCCAGUGAUCGUCCAUAUGUUGUGGCUUGUGAAUAUGACCAAGGCGGCUUCUCCACGUCUGCACCGGAGUGUAUACGUCUCUUCUCCAGCAUUUAUGAGUACCAGGUGCCAGAUAUUCAGCGGCAAUGUUUCCUCUUUUACAUGACCGUCGUUGGCUGGACAGUGUUCAACACAUUCGUGGUGAACCGCAGUGUCAAGUCGAACAAAGCAGUUCUUCUCGCAGGCUCCGAGGUGAGCGCCAUUUGUUGCGCCAGUCGUCAGGCUGCCGGUGGAGGUGGCGGUGGCUCGGGAGCUUCGGCAGACGGCUUCGCAUCGAACAUGGACGGAAAGGAGAUCAUCCUUUGGUGUGAGGUCCUUACCAUGAUCGGCUGGCGGCCGCCACAGGGCACGGAGGAUGCAGAGCGCAAGGUGGAGAUUCGGUGUCUCGAUAAGGAUCCUGCUCGACAAGGACCGUUGCUGGAUGCUCCGGCAGAGGCUGAAGCAUCGUCGCACAGCAUCCCAGGAAAGGAACUGAGUUCCAUCAGGGAAAGCAUCUUCUUGCCGUUGCAGUACAAGCCGAACUCAACUUACAUUCAGAUCGUAUUGUACGACUUGGACCCUCAGAAAAAGCCGUGGGCCUUUGCUUCAAUCUCCCUUGCGCAGGCACUCCGAUCGAAAGGACAGCGCAGAUUGAAGUUACAGCCCGUCGACAAGCAAGCUGCAUCUGGCUCCUGGUCGAAGGAGGCCGUGAUGGGAUGCCUUCCAUGGCGACGGUCACCACAAAUCAUGAUGAUAUUCAGGAAUCUGGAUCCCAGAAAAGCUGGCGAAAUCAGAGAUGCCGUCAAACAGCAGCUGGACUUCACGAAGCAAGACCUAGACAAAAGGGAGCGGGAAUUGGAAGAACUGAAAGCUGUGAGAGCUACGCUAAAUGCGGAGAACGGCGACGGGACGAGUUGA